GCCCAGCGCCUGCGCCACUGUCAAAGUGACGUCACACCCAGCAUGGCGGUCAAGGUGCAGUCCACUAAAAGAGCCGACCCUCAUGAAUUGAAGGAAAUAUUUUUAAAGCAUGCCAGUGUCACGGAGUCAGAUGGGGAGCAGUACAUGACCCCUGGUGAUUUUGUGCAGAAGUAUUUGGGCCUGCACACUCUGCCAAACCACAACCCUGAUACGGUGAAGCUGAUCGCCGGAGUGGCUGACACCACCAAGGAUGGACUGAUCUCUUUUCAGGAGUUUCUGGCCUUUGAAUCCAUUCUGUGUGUCCCGGAUGCCCUUUUUAUAGUUGCGUUUCAGUUAUUUGACAAGACUGGCACAGGGGAUAUCUCCUUUGAAAAUGUCAGAGAUAUCUUCAGCGAGACCACGGUUCAUCAUCACAUCCCUUUCAACUGGAACUGUGAGUUCAUCCGACUCCAUUUUGGCAAUGACAGAAAGAGGCACCUCAGUUACCUGGAAUUUACUCAGUUCCUGCAGGAGCUGCAGCUGGAGCACGCCCGGCAGGCGUUUGCACAGAAGGACAAGGGGAAGAUUGGUGUCAUCUCUGCCUGCGACUUCAGUGACAUAAUGUCGACCAUCCGCCAUCAUGUGCUUACUCCGUUUGUGGAAGAGAAUCUUGUUUCAGUCGCAGGAGGAGGGACCUCACACAUGGUGAGCUUUUCCUUCUUCAAUGCCUUCACCUCCUUGCUCAACAACAUGGAGCUCAUUCGCAAGAUCUACAGCACAUUGUCUGGCACAAACAAAAACACUGAGGUCACCAAAGGGGAGUUUAUUCAAGCUGCCAAUAAGUUUGGUCAGAUUACUCCCAUGGAGAUUGACAUCCUGUACCAGCUCUCCGGUCUCCAUUCUCAUUCUGGGAGGGUGACUUUUGCAGACAUUGAGAGGAUAGCACCGUUGGAGGAGGGUGCCAUGCCCUACCAUCUUGCAGAGGUCCAGAGACAGCACCCUCACGGAGAUGUGCACCGGCCAGUCUGGCUCCAGGCUGCAGAGUCUGCUUACAGGUUCUCUCUGGCCGCAGUCGCUGGAGCUACCGGGGCAACUGCGGUGUACCCCAUCGACCUGGUGAAGACCCGCCUGCAGAACCAGCGCUCCACCGGCUCCUUCGUAGGCGAGCUCAUGUACAAGAACAGCUUCGACUGCGCCAAGAAGGUGCUGCGCUACGAGGGCUUCUCUGGGUUCUACCGAGGACUCUUGCCACAGCUCAUUGGUGUGGCCCCAGAAAAAGCCAUCAAACUCACGGUAAAUGACUUCGUGAGAGAUAAAUUCACCAAUAAAGAUGAUACCAUUCCGCUCUUUGCAGAGGUGUUGGCUGGUGCAUGUGCUGGAGGCUCUCAGGUGGUCUUCACCAACCCGCUGGAGAUCGUGAAGAUCCGUCUCCAGGUGGCGGGGGAGAUUGCCACGGGCCCGCGGGUCAGCGCCCUCAACGUGGUGCGAGACCUCGGCUUCUUCGGCCUCUACAAGGGAGCCAAGGCCUGCUUUCUGCGUGACAUCCCCUUCUCGGCGAUCUACUUCCCCGUGUACGCCCACACCAAAGCCAGCUUCGCAGACGAGGAAGGCAGGUUGGGGGCUUUGCAGCUGCUGGCCGCUGGUGCUAUUGCAGGUGUCCCCGCCGCCUCCCUGGUCACCCCCGCUGAUGUGAUCAAGACCAGGCUGCAGGUGGCCGCCCGUGCCGGUCAGACCUCCUACACCGGAGUCAUUGACUGCUUCCGCAAGAUCAUGCAGGAGGAGGGCUUCAAGGCCUUAUGGAAGGGGGCAGGAGCCCGCGUGUUCAGGUCCUCGCCCCAGUUCGGUGUCACCCUGGUGACUUACGAGCUUCUGCAGAGGUGGUUCUACGUUGACUUUGGAGGACAUCGCCCUGCGGGCUCUGAGCCAACACCCAAGUCCCGCAUCUCACAGCUGCCGCCCACCAGCCCUGACCACGUCGGUGGCUAUCGCUUGGCCGCGGCGACCUUCGCUGGGGUCGAGGAGAAGUUCGGCCUGCACCUGCCCAAAUUCAAAAGCCCAGUCUCUGUGCCCAGGGUCAAGCCACCACCCGCCCAAGCGGGCACCCAGGCCUCGUGAGCGCCCACCCCCCCUGGGCUGCAUGCUCCAUGAGCUGAGGGUCCUAGACCCAGCUCCUCUUGGCUGGCUCCCCACCCCACCCCUAAACUCUCCCAUCCCCAAAUGGUACAGUAACACCACCACACAAGAAAGAAAAACAAAAUAUAUAUAUAAAAAAAAACUGAGUACUCCUCCUCCUGCUUUGUUCUCACACACACACAGACACACACACAGACACAGAAGAAUCAGGCAGUUUUACCCCCUCCUAAUCCUCCUAACCUCUUGCAUGACUAGUGCUUUAUGGGUUUCUUCCCCUGCUCCCUGUUGGACUGACCCGCCCCUUUGUGCGUGGCUUUGCACAAAUGUUACUGUGCAUAUUGUACAUCUUUGUGCAGAGACAUUAUGGGGUUGAGAGACAAACUCCAGAGCGUUCUUCCUCGGCCAUGCUUUGUGUGUUGGAGGCGUCUUUGCAAUCAUAUUUUAGUGGUGUGAAUGGUUGUACAGAUGUUUUAUUUAUGAAAUCAUAAAUCAGAGAAUAGGAAAUUAAAACAAAAUAUAUUUAAAUGCAUUUCAUUAUUGUACUGUAUUUUGUUAAAUUAAAUCAUACUGGUUUAAUUUU